AUGGGCUCUGUGUCAAGUCUGGCCAAGACCCUUCUUAUCCCGGCCGUAAUAUCUCUGGCGCUCUAUCUCCUCCUCUCAUUCCUAAUUGUCCCAUUCUUCCGGCGCUACCAUCAACGCUACUCACAAUAUCUUCCGCUGCAAGCCAUUUCCGCGCAUACUUUGUCCUUGCGAGAUCGUAUAGCCGAUGCCGUCAUGCGCUUCUUCUUGCCAUCGACGUGGCGGCGGCAGACCGACGGACAACACGAUAACAUUAGCAUUUUUGACGAGGAGGGGGAAAUCAUGGUUGGGAUGGACAUGGAUCCCUCUCGGAGGGAAGCGCUUGAAAGACGACGCGAUGCGGCUGACGCAAGUAGCCGACUCAGCCGGGACCUCGAGCAGGGGUUCAUGGACGAUAGCGAUGAUGAAGGGGAUGAUCAAGGUCAUUCAAGGGUCCGUCGAUAA